CCCCAGUCACUGAGCCGCCGCCGAGGACUCAGCAGCCUCCCCCUCGAGCCCCCUCGCUUCCCGACGCUCCGUCCCCCCCGCCCGCCUUCUCCCGCCGCCGCCUUCCGCAGGCCGUUUCCACCGAGGAAAAGGAAUCGUAUCGUAUGUCCGCUAUCCAGAACCUCCACUCUUUCGACCCCUUUGCUGAUGCAAGUAAGGGUGAUGAUCUGCUUCCUGCUGGCACUGAGGAUUAUAUCCAUAUAAGAAUUCAACAGAGAAACGGCAGGAAGACCCUUACCACAGUCCAAGGGAUCGCUGAUGAUUACGAUAAAAAGAAACUAGUGAAGGCGUUCAAGAAGAAAUUUGCCUGCAAUGGUACUGUAAUUGAGCAUCCAGAAUAUGGAGAAGUAAUUCAGCUACAGGGUGACCAGCGCAAGAACAUAUGCCAGUUCCUUGUGGAGAUUGGACUGGCUAAGGACGACCAGCUGAAGGUUCAUGGGUUUUAAGUGCUUUUGGCUCUCUGAAGCUUAAGUGAGGAUUUCCUUGCAAUGAGUAGAAUUUCCCUUCUGUCCCUUGUCACAAGUUUAAAAACCUCACAGCUUGUAUAAUGUAACCAUUUGGGGUCUGCUUUUAACUUGGACUAGUGUAACUUCAUGCAAUAAACUGAAAAGAGCCAUGCUGUCUAGUCUUGAAGUCCCUCAUUUAAACCAAGAUCCAGCGGUAGAUGCCUGGCAGUGCCCAACCUGAAACAGCAGUAACAUGUUUCAGCCAAGCCCAGAACCCCAAGAUCACUAUCAGCCAUGUCUGGCCGGAAGCUCCUGGCUCUCCCUCUGCCCUGAGAAUGUCACCAUGAGCAGUGCUCCCUGAGAGAAGCAUAGAGGCGAGGGCGGGGUGAGGCAGCAAUGGCCACCCGGCUGUUUGAGGGCACCUCAGGCCAUGGAAGGGCCCUGGCCUGGUGUCUCCAACCUGGCCAGGCGGGCAGAGCUUCAAGUGACCAUCUUCCCUCUAGUGAGGUGACAGGGCAUCUGGUUUGCCACCAAGGUCUUUGACCAGACGCCAGAAUGUGAGGCCAACCUUCUAUCUGAGUUAAACUUUUGACAAGGGAACAAAUUUCCAACUGAUGUGUCAUGUAGCUAGCUGUAGAGCUUGCAGCUGCCCGAUGCCAUGUGAAGUGACAGACUGGUUUUGGUUCUCCCCUUCAAUUUUAAUGUUAUGUAAUGUAUUUAAACCCUUAUUUAAAUAAAACUUGUUUUCAGAAACACCUGA